GCAUGAAUUGUGAAACGAGAAAUAAACUACAGUUACUAUCUCUUUAUCUUCAAAAUCUCCCCGAAACCAUUCCUUAUGCAGACCCUUCGACCCCACAGUAUGGCUUCGAUUUCUUCGCCUUGGAUGAUGAAAAGAUCCAGGAUUAUGGUCCCAUCGGCGCAGUGAACCAUGAACUCGAGGUGCGCAUGGGUCAGCGUAACAAAGGUCCCAUUUCUUUCAAGGAGCGUGGACCUAGCCUCAAUGCUGUGACCGAUGUGCUUGGUGGCUACUUGGAUCAGUAUCACGAGUCUCCAGAGACAGUACUUCUUGUCAAAUGGGAAACUAAAAACACCAUACAAACCUCUCGUCAAGUGGCGUGAUAUGGAAUCCACUAUCUUUGGCAAGCAUUCUGCUGAAGAUUUGCCUCC